CAAAUUUCUAUUUGCAUAAACAAAGUAUUAUUAUAGAAUGUUACCAUUCGGAUACCAAUGAAUUUAAAAUAGUUCAUAUAAAAAAAAGGACGUGACCGAGAGAGGAUCAAGGGGCAAAGGGGAUCGUCGGUGACCUCUUGCAACUUGUAAAUAAAUACAUACGAUUACGAUUAACGAUAUGAAUCUGAAAUCGAAGUAGAAACGCUUGAAACUUGAAAUCCACCCAUCGCCUUCCCCACUCUCCCUAACCUACGUCGUAUAUAAACGAUUUCACAUCGCUUUCCGUGUAUUUUUGUUGUAUUAUCAAGUACACAAAUUCGUGCGGAGACCGAUUACAAAUAUAUCUCUAAAAUGGCUACGAGAGACCGAGCAACCAACCAAUUGAAUGAAUACAAAAAGAAGAACCAAGCAGCCGACUCAGUAACCACGAGUUUCGGCAACCCGAUCGGAGAAGGCGCCGCCUCCCUCACGGUAGGCGUCAAAGGCCCCAUUCUGUUGCAAGAUCAAAUCUUCGUAGAUGAAUUGGCCCAUUUCGACAGAGAAAGGAUACCCGAAAGAGUCGUGCACGCCAAAGGCGCCGGAGCUUUCGGCUACUUCGAAGUCACCAAUGACAUCACCAAGUACACGGCUGCGAAAGUAUUUUCGCAAAUCGGCAAGAAAACCCCCAUAGGAGUGCGUUUCUCGACCGUGGGAGGCGAGUCCGGCUCAGCCGAUACAGUGAGAGAUCCCAGAGGAUUCGCCGUGAAAUUCUACACCGAAGACGGCAUUUGGGACUUGGUGGGAAACAACACGCCGAUCUUCUUCAUCAGAGAUCCGAUUUUCUUCCCCAGCUUCAUUCACACGCAGAAGAGGAACCCGCAAACCCACCUCAAGGAUCCCGACAUGUUCUGGGACUUCAUGUCUUUGAGGCCCGAAACGAUGCACCAGCUGUUGUUCUUGUUCGCCGAUAGAGGAAUUCCCGACGGGUACAGAGGCAUGAACGGGUACGGCUCGCACACUUUCAAACUGGUCAACAAAGACGGGCAGGUCCACUUCUGCAAGUUCCACUACAAGACCGACCAAGGAAUCAAGAACUUGGACGUCGCCAAGGCCGAUGUGCUGGCUGGCAGCGAUCCGGAUUACAGCAUCAGAGACUUGUACAACGCCAUCGCCGACGGCAACUACCCCACUUGGACGUUCUACGUGCAAGUGAUGACUCCGCAACAGGCGCAAAAUUCACCGUUCGAUCCCUUCGACCUGACCAAAGUGUGGCCGCACAACCAGUACCCGCUGAUCAAAGUCGGCAAGAUGGUGUUGAACAGAAAUCCCGAGAACUACUUCCACGAAGUCGAACAGAUCGCCUUCAGUCCCGCGCACAUGGUGCCCGGAAUCGAACCGUCCCAGGACAGGAUGUUGCAAGGUCGUUUGUUCUCCUAUUCGGACACCCACCGACACCGAUUGGGCCCCAAUUAUCUGCAGUUGCCGGUCAAUUGCCCGUUCCAAGUGCGCAACUACCAAAGGGACGGUCCGAUGAACUACAAAAACCAAGGGGCCGCUCCUAACUACUUCCCCAACAGCUUCGGCGGACCCGACUGUGACGAGGUGGCUAAAGUUUUGGAACCUAAAUUUACGGUAUCCGGAGAAGUUUACAGAUACGACACCUCUGAUUCUGAUAACUUCUCGCAAGCUAAAGUGUUCGUUACGAAGACUUUGAGCAAGGAUGCGGUCGAUAGAUUGGUUUCGAACCUUGUUGGUCAUCUAUCCGGAGCGUCCGAUUUCAUCCAGGAAAGGCAAGUCAAACAUUUCAGAGCCGUGGACAAAGCUUUCGGCGAUAGAAUUGCUCAAGGAUUGAACACUCUUAAGCGCUCAAAGGCUAAUUUGUAAUUUUAUGCUCGGUGGGUUUUUACUUCACGAGGUGUUUGUUUUCUUUAUACUGAAAUAUACGAUUUAAUUUUGUUACCUU